AUGCAAAAAGUACAAAAUGAUCCGUUUACUAAUAAAAAAAAGAGCGAAUUUUUCAGAUCCAGAGCAGCUUAUAAACUAAUUGAAAUAGAUCAAAGAUGUCGACUAUUUAACAAAUCUAGUAAGAAUAUUGUUGACUUGGGAUUUGCACCGGGUGCCUGGACUCAAGUUGCAGUCCAUGCUUUGGAAAAGCGCAAGAUAGAUAACUAUAGAAUUUUGGGCAUUGAUAUAAAUGAUGCUGUACCGUAUAAAGGGUGUAGCUAUAUUCAAGGCGAUUUGCUAAAGAAAGAAACUCACCUCAAGAUUAAGCAAUUUUUCAAGGGCGAAGAAAUAGACUUAAUCAUGAGUGAUAUGAUGGUGAACUGUAUAGGACAUAGCCAUUACGAUCAUCUUGGAAAUAUGGAGCUAUGUAGUGCAGCAAUGAUUCUUGCUUUCGAUCAAUUGAAAACAAGAGGAAACUUGGUCAUGAAAGUUUGGCAUGGUGCAGAAGAAGAACUACUAGAACUACGCAUGCGUAUCAUGUUUGAGAGACUUGUACGUAUGAAGCCGGAAUCUAGCAGAGCAGAGUCAAGUGAAUUAUUCUACAUUGGAUUGAAAAAGAGAGAUUUGAAUAUAAGUCUACAAGAGUUAUUCAGUGACAAAGAAACACUUUUGAAAUAUAGCAUAUAA